AUGGGAAUCGAGCACUGUUUUCACCAAAGCCUGAAGGCCAGAAGAGCAGAGAGCUUAGGAAUAUGGGCACUGAGGGGCAGAUCUGCCAUUCCUAGCUGCGUGGCCUGGGGCGGGUCACUUCACUUCUCUGAGUCUCCAUUGUCUCCUCUAGAAGAUACAGGAGUGCAAGGGAACCACGCUGCUGAUGACUCCGAGGGAGGGGCCCUGGACAUGUGCUGCAGCGAGAGGCUGCCGGGUCUCCCCGAGCCGGGAGUGAUGGAGGCGCUGGACCAGGCCGAGGGGCUCACCGACUCAGAGAGAGAGAUGCCGCCGCCCCCACCUCCUUCACCGCCCUCAGAGCCAGCUCAGGAGCCGCCACCUCAAGGCGCCGGGAGCCACUCCCUCACUGUCAGGAGCAGCCUGUGCCUGUUGGCUGCCUCUCAGGUCCUGCUUGCCUGCGGGAUGCUCUGGCUCAGUGGCUACAGCCCCCUCUGGUCGCAGAACGCCACAGACCUCCUCUCCUCCUUGCUGGCGCUCCUGGAACAGCUGGGACCCACGGCCUGGCUGGGCAUUGGGACCUGGGACCUCCCCAGUCUGCUGCUAGUCUCUCUGACCGUGGUCCUUGUCACUACCCUGGUGUGGCACCUCCUGAGGGCUCCCCCAGAGCCUUCUGCCCCGCUGCCCCCCGAGGACAGGCGCCAGUCGGUGAGCCGCCAGCCCUCCUUCACUUACUCGGAGUGGAUGGAAGAGAAGGUCGAGGAUGACUUCCUGGACCUGGACCCUGUCCCCGAGACUCCUGUGUUUGACUGCACGAUGGACAUCAAGCCUGAGGCCGACCCCGCCUCACUGACCGUCAAGUCCAUGGGUCUGCAGGAGAGGAGGGGCUCCAACGUCUCCCUGACCCUGGACAUGUGCACCCCGGGCUGCAAUGAGGAGGGCUUCGGCUACCUCAUGUCCCCACGCGAGGAGUCAGCCCGCGAGUACCUGCUCAGCGCCUCCCGUGUCCUCCAGGCCGAGGAGCUGCACGAAAAGGCCCUGGACCCCUUCCUGCUGCAGGCGGAGUUCUUUGAAAUCCCCAUGAACUUUGUGGAUCCAAAAGAGUAUGACAUCCCUGGGCUGGUGCGGAAGAACCGGUACAAAACCAUCCUUCCCAACCCUCACAGCAGAGUCUGCCUGACCUCACCAGACCCUGACGACCCUCUGAGUUCCUACAUCAACGCCAACUACAUCCGGGGCUAUGGUGGGGAGGAGAAGGUGUACAUCGCCACUCAGGGACCCAUCGUCAGCACGGUCGGCGACUUCUGGCGCAUGGUGUGGCAGGAGCACACGCCCAUCAUUGUCAUGAUCACCAAUAUCGAGGAGAUGAACGAGAAGUGCACCGAGUACUGGCCGGAGGAGCAGGUGGUGUAUGACGGAGUCGAGAUCACCGUGCGGAAGGUCGUUCACACUGAGGAUUACCGGCUGCGACUUAUCUCCCUCAGGAGCGGGACUGAGGAGCGAGACCUGAAGCAUUACUGGUUCACGUCCUGGCCUGACCAGAAGACCCCAGACCGGGCCCCCCCGCUCCUGCACCUGGUGCGGGAGGUGGAGGAGGCAGCCCAGCAGGAGGGGCCCCACGGUGCCCCCAUCGUCGUCCACUGCAGCGCAGGCAUUGGGAGGACCGGCUGCUUCAUUGCCACCAGCAUCUGCUGCCAGCAGCUGCGGCAGGAGGGUGUGGUGGACAUCCUGAAGACCACGUGCCAGCUCCGUCAGGACAGGGGCGGCAUGAUCCAGACGUGCGAGCAGUACCAGUUCGUGCACCACGUCAUGAGCCUCUACGAGAAGCAGCUGUCCCGCCAGGGCCCAGAGUGACCCCCCUGCCCUCCCAGGUCCUGUGAGCCU